GUGGAGAGUCUCUUAUACAGGCUACAGAGGGAGAAGAGGAGUGAUGUAGAGAGAGUAUAGAGUCACGGAGCUCAACUCCAGCUCCACUCAGAUCGAACCACGCCCUGGGGGACAGGGGACUGUUGACCCCCCAAGUGUCCAAACCCCUGUGAUGGAAGGGACAAUGAACUGCGAAGAUGCGUUUUAGUUGGGUUACAUGUUGACAAUAUGAAGUUCGGGAAGAGGAUCUGCGUACUCAACGUGGGGGGAACCCGGUACGCCUUCACCCGUGAGGUUAUCAAGGACUUCCCUCUCCGACGCGUCAGCCGCUUGCAUGCAUGCGUAACCGAGAAAGAGGUUCUUGAACUGUGCGAUGACUACGACAGGGACCGGAACGAGUUUUUCUUUGACCGCCACGCGCAGGCUUUUGUAUUCAUCAUGCUCUACGUGCGUUCUGGUAAACUCCGCUUUGUCCCCGGAGUGUGUGAGCUGUCCUUCUACACAGAGAUGCUCUACUGGGGACUGGAGAGCGCGCACCUGGACUCCUGCUGCCAGAAACGCCUGGACGACAGGAUGUCCGAGAUCGGACUGGACACUCUGUCCGAAGUAGAUCUCGGAGUGUCGGGGGAUGAGUCCCAGAGCUCGGGCGAGCCGAUGCGACGGACUGCCCUCACUGGUCGCGCUAAAUGGCUCGAGAAGAUGCGCAAGACAUUCGAAGAGCCCAACUCUUCGCUUUUGGCGCAGCUCUUGGCUUCAGUGUCUGUGAUCUUUGUGCUCGUUUCUAUGAUCAUGCUGUGUGCUAGCACACUGCCGGACUGGGACACAGCCAAGAGAAAUACAGUAGAGGAGCACAGGAUAGUGGAGGCAGUGUGUAUUGGCUGGUUCACGGCAGAGUGCAUAAUGCGCUUUCUGGUGGCUAGAAGCAAGUGGGACUUCCUCCGCCGGCCGCUGAACAUCAUCGACGUGAUUGCCAUCACCCCCUACUAUGUCACAAUGGUUUUGGCCCGGGCAGGGAUGCCAGGUGCUGGGCUUGGGGUUGCUGGGGUGAUUCUGCGUGUGCUGAGGAUGAUGCGAGUGUUCUGGCUAAUGAAGCUGGCCAGACACUUUCUGGGCCUGCAGACACUAGGACUGACGCUCACGCGGUGCUACCGGGAGAUGGUCAUGCUGAUGGUGUUUGUCUUCGUCGCCAUGGCAAUAUACAGCGCUUUAGCCCAGCUGCUGGAGUACGGCUUGGACUUGGGGACCCGGAACCCGGAUUACGCCAGCAUCCCAGCAGCCGCCUGGUGGGUCAUCAUUUCCAUGACAACAGUGGGGUACGGGGAUGUUUACCCUGUGACAGUUGGGGGACGGGUGCUUGGGGGAAUGUGUGUAGUAAGCGGCAUUGUUCUUUUGGCACUGCCCAUCACAUUCAUCUACCACAGUUUCGUGCAGUGCUACCAAGAACUUAAAAUCCGCUCGGCCAGGUACGCGCGCAGCCUGUCAGUGGAGUUGCUGCAAUGAUUGUGCAUUUAUACCAAAACACCUUGGCCCUGCUUACAUCAGAGAGAAACUCAACAAACCAGUAGACCUGCUGAUCCCAUUGUGAAAUAGUAAUCAAUUUUCUGCCCUGCACUGUUUCCUGCACUGUUUUUUUAUUUGGCCUGUCUAGUUCCAGCCUGUUGGGCUGAUGAUCUCCAAUUAUCGUCUUCAACCAGCAUGCUCUGCGCCCAUCUCCUUAACAACAUCACUUGGACAGAAGAAUAGGAAUACACAAAUAAUUAUUUAUUAAACACACACAGGCACAGUCAAUCCAGUUUGACAGCGGCUGCUGUUUACACUGUAUUUCCAUGGUUACAACAUUGGCAGAGAUGGCUGCAUCCAGUGUGUGUGUGUGUGUUUGUUUACCAGCCUUUCACUUUGUCUUAUAGCACCCAGAUGGUACACGUUACACAAGAUUGAUGUGUGACCUAGAUGCAUUCUGUUAAACCUGUAAAAUAUAGACAUGAAGUGAACAAGUGAGUGUAAAGGGCUUAGUUGUGAAGAAGCUGCCAGUGAUAAUGGAAUAUGGAGACGAGACUACAAGGUGUGAGACAAAAGACGGGUUGGAUAAAAGGUUCUGGGACAACAAUGACAGAGAUGAAAAACUGUGGAACAACCCUGAGCACCAACGAUUAGAACAGAAUGAGAAUGCGGUGCUACCCCAUUUGUGAGUGAAUGUAAGAAUUUUUAUUUCUGUGUCUCCAAGGCAACCUCCAAUCUCCAAAAUGCCAAUCAUAAUGGUGGUGGAUCUUGUGUGCACACAAAUGGGCCACAUCCACGCACACAACUCCUUGCUGCUACGCAGCAUUUUUGCGAUAAUUGGGAAAAUUGCAUCACAGAAUUAAUUGAAAUAAAAAUGUAAUUAAAAAAUAAAAUAAUCAUGAUGGCUCCGACAGUCAUUAUUCAGACAUGUUUCUACUGUCUAUGGUUUGCCAAGAUAACAUGAUUUGUUGAUCCAAACAAACAAGUCAACACCUCUCCCACACAACAGUCUUUCUCUGCAUCUCCUCUCCUCUUCCUCCUGUUGCCAUCUUUUUACACACACACACUCACACACACACACCAAGUCCAUGCUCUUUUGUUGCACAAAUUUAACAAUUAAUGAGUCCUUUAAUUAUCUGUCGGUCCUUCAAUCUAAAGAUUACACCGUUUAUUUCCUCAAAGACUUUGCAGCCUUGUAUGAGUUUAGUAUGGUAGACAGUACAUAUCUCACUGUUGUUGUUGUACUGUUAUCAGUGUAUUUUGUCAAGUUGUCACUAAAAUGAGAGGUAUUUCAUAUUUUACCCCCUUUCCUUCAACACAUAAUUUUCAAGAUCAUGUGGCAUAGCUUGUACUGACUUUUGGCCAGGCGUGAUUGAAACCAUCAAUCAAAACUUUUUCUUCUGUAGACCACAGACUUGUAAAUAAUGUGAUUAAUGUUUGAGCUCUACAAUAAAACUUCU